AUGCCGAAUAAGGCCAGCUGGCCCCAAUGGGACCAUGGCAGCCACGAUUUCAAGGAGCACGCAUUCAUGCUGAAGUUGUCGAUGAACACCAUGCUGAAAAUGAUAGACGAAGGCCAGAAACCACCAAUGGACGAAGUAGCUGCUGCCCUCAGGGCGGCGGUAGCAUUUGCAGAAAGGGCGAACGAUGAACCCAAAAUCCAGACAGUCUUGGACGAAGUACGCAAACUAGCCAUUGACUCAAGCAACCGAGACAGCAAUAUGGAGGAAAAGAUUACGCAUAUCAAGCACCAGGCAGCUAGCCUGGGAAGCAAUACAUCGGCGGCCAGCUACGCCAGCGUACUGGGCCGGUCCUCGACAUCCUCCUCCACCACCGGAGGAAUCCCCAUUGUACCACCAGCAAUGCCGAAACAAGGCCAAGCACCAUAUAACAAGCUAAACGAGAUCAUUGUAAAGCUACAAGACGAAACAGCAAGCAAGGCAUUGGAGGGGAAGACACCGAGCGAGAUGACCAUGAUGGUCAAUGGAUAUAUAAAGAGCACGGACACCACAAGGAAACCUGUCAGGACGGCCAGGAGGCUAGCGAGUGGCGAUAUAUGCAUCAUGGCUGCAAAUGAGGAGGAGGCGAACAGACUGAGGGAAAGCAAGGAUUGGACUCUGAAGAUAAGUGGCAGCGCGAGAGUGAUCACCAAAACGUAUGGCCUCCUACUCCAUGGAGUGAGGAUCAAUACAUUCGACACCAAAGACAUGGCCGCGGCAAUUGCGUUAUGGCCUUUCUUAUCUCAUUCACGGUGA